GAAUUGUUGGUUUUGUGGGUGUGUAUCCAACGAGACAAAUUUUGGUAUUGGACCUAGGAAGCUGAUGAUGUAAAUGUAUGUCUAUGAUUGAUGGCAAUCAAUGAGAAUUUGCCAAGAAACUUCAAGAACGUGUUGGAGAAUUUCAUCUAAUGUGUUGAGGCCAAAUUUUGAGGGAUUAAUUGGUGAAUUCUUAAAUUGAUAGUUAGAGCUGGGCUGAAACGUGCAAUGAAGAGGUGAAAGAGUCAAGUGAGGAAACUCUGUGCUCGAUGCUUUUCAUGGUCACCCUGGGACUCUGUGUAAGUUGCUGCUCUGGUUCUUCGUGCACCUUCUUUUUCCACGUUACUUUUUUCGGCUGUGUGACUGGUAUGGGGACCCGGUAGGCUGGUUACCCAGAGGUGGGAGGUGAGGGCUGUAAGAGACUGUAGAGGAAAAUCCACUGCCAACGUCAGUUGAAUGUCUUGGACAAAAAUUUUUGGGUAUAAAAGCACACGGCAAAUGUAGCAGAGUCAUCAGUCAAACAGUUGAGUUCGAUCUCAUAUAUAGAAAUUCAACACAGACCUCUUUAAAACAAUCAAAAAAUCAAAAUGUUCAAAUUGGUGGUGUUGUCUGCUAUCUUGGCCGUUGCCGUCGCUGCCCCAUCCGGAGUCUCCCACUAUGCUGCCCCCAUCCUCCACAAGACCGUCCACUAUGCCGAACCCCUGCACGCUACUGUGGUGAAACCUGAGCUGGAACGUCGUACAUACGUUGAGGUUGAGCCCCAGGUGCACGUUGUCGACACCCCUGUUGUGAAGAAGGUGGCCGAUGUUGUUGAGAGCAUCCCAACUGCCGUGUCCCACCAGAGCUCCACCAUUGUCCACAACAAGGAACACAUCGUUCGUCCCGUGCUCGCUCACGGAUACGAAAAGACCGUCGUUGAAGGUGCUCCCAUUGUGAAAACCUACCACGAGGACACCCCUGUGCUCAAGACCUACACUGCUCCCGUCGGUUACACCGCUCCCCUCGCCUACAACGCUCCCCUCACCUACGCUCACCACUACGAGCCCCAUGUGUACGCUGCCCCUGCCCUCCGCUACGGAUGGUAAUUCCCGAAACACGAUGGCCCAUAUCGUCCUCCCCAUCGACUGAUGACGCGUUCAUCUGCCGCUCUCUAUUGUUCACACUUCAUUCCGACAAAGCAAUUCCAACCCUCAUAAGUGUGAAAGAUUAGAUGAUGUUGCACAAUAAAUUAUUGAACGACCAAUAGAAAAACAAAAA